AACUUGUAGAGAGGGUGGACGUUUUACCUAGUUACUACUUACUACCUGCUUCCUCCGCCAUGUUCGUCUCUCCAGGUUAUUAGCGCCACUCUCAGUCACCAGGGGCGCAGGCAGGCCCCGCUCGUCAUCACCAUUUCUGACCUUUAACAUCCUCAACAAUGGACAAACUUUGGAGACUUGCAGCUCAUUCUAUCCAUUCUCACCUUAAAUCCAUCUUUCUAUCCCCUCUUAAACCCUCCUUUUCUUCUUCUUCUUCUUCUUCUUCUUCUUCCUUCUCACCUCGCACUCUUACAACUUUAUCUCUUUUUCUAUGUCAUUCUCGUCAUCUAUCUCCCCCUAAAACCCCAAUUUUCCCCCAAAUCUCCGAUUCUACCUCCUUUAAUUUUUGCAAUUUGGCUGUAGUUCGUUGUUUUUCUUCUGUUUCACCUUUGGGUGCCAAUACAUUUGAGUGGAAUGAGCCAAUUUCGUCCUCUGUGGCUCUUGAGCCUACAUCUUUUAGUGAAAAUGAUGAUGACGGUGAUGUUGAUCCUCGCCCUUAUAUUCCUGUCCGCGCCUUUUUUUUCUCUACCAGUGUGGAUUUGAAGAGCUUGGUGGAUCAGAAUAAGUCUAAUUUUAUCCCACCCUCGUCAAGGAUGACAAAUUAUGUUGUUUUGAAGUUUGGAAACCUCAAGCCUGAGCCAAAUGGUAUGGGUGCAUCCUUAAGUGGAAGUGACUGUGGCUACAUGGUGGUUUUCCAGUAUGGCUCAAUUGUUUUGUUCAAUGUUCGUGAUCAUGAAGUUGAUGGCUACUUAAAAAUUGUGGAAAGGCAUGCUUCUGGCUUGCUUCCUGAAAUGAGAAAGGAUGAAUUUGAAGUAAGAGAGAAGCCAAAUCUAAGUACAUGGAUGCAAGCUGGCCUUGAUCACAUAAUACUACAGUACUUGAAUAUUGAUGGUAUCCGUACGAUAGGUAGUGUACUUGGUCAAAGUAUUGCACUUGAUUACUAUGUCCGCCAGGUUGAUGGAAUGGUUGCAGAGUUCACUGAUAUAAAUCGUGCAAUGGAGAAAACUGGGACUUUUACCAUGGAAAGAAAGAAGCUAUUCCAAUUAGUCGGGAAGGCAAAUUCUAAUCUAGCAGAUGUGAUUCUGAAGCUUGGCCUUUUUGAAAGAUCUGAUAUUGCUUGGAAGGAUGCGAAAUAUGCUCAGAUCUGGGAGUAUCUUCGAGAUGAAUUCGAAUUGACACAGAGAUUUGCUAGUCUCGACUUCAAAUUGAAAUUUGUAGAGCAUAACAUUCGGUUUCUACAAGAAAUUUUGCAGAACAGGAAGUCUGAUUUUCUUGAAUGGCUCAUCAUCAUUUUGAUUGGUGCUGAAAUUCUCAUAUCAGUAUACGACAUUGCUCAUAACUCGGCCAUAGCCUCACUAUAGUCCUGUCCAUGUGGAGUAAGGAACAUGGUCUGGAGUUCUUCCGUAUGCGGUCAGUCUUAAUGUUAAAUGGAUUUGAAUUGUACAUCUGAUCCUAUGCUUCUACACGGACAAUUUUUCCCUAUUUUUUCUUGUAAAUUGAUAUCUUAGAACAUUUUUGUCUUUUUUCAAUUCUUCAAUUUAUAGUUAUACAACAAUACGGGCCGGUUACAUGAACCAAAAUAGAUUAUACUAAUAGUCUAAAUCUUGAGUUAAUUAUUUUCUUUGCUUUUGAUUUGCCCACUGGAUACUCUGAUAGUGAUUGGGUGGAGAGGAAGAGCAACCUUGGGAAGACUGGUUGUUCUUGGUUAUUUGUUUUGGAAUGUUGUUCAACGAAUACAUCAAUGGAAGCUGUUUGGAAAGACCCACUUUGGGGUUCCAUCCCAACUCACAAUUCUUUGUAAAUCCAUCUUUGAUGUGUUUGAUCUUGAGGAGUUUGAAACUGAGAUGAAGAAGAUAAUAUUGUAUGAAAAUGAGUUUUAUUUAUUACUUACAACUUACAAGGUUUAAAUUGUGGGUUUAAUUGAUGAUUACAAUUAAAGUUUCUUUAUGUCUUUUUACUCUUAUGAGCUUUCAAUCACCAAUUAAAUAUUACCAAACACUUUUAAAAUCAUCAGCUCGUUAAACAAAGUAAGUUCAUAGAUCAACUAGUCAAAUCACUUGUUCUAAUUAAUUAUUAGCUAUUAGCUAUCAAUUGUAUGCCAAAAACUCCGUUAGCUC